AAAGCACUUCGAUCGAACAAGGCGGCGGCCGCAGUAGAGCCCUCGCAGAAGCGGCAACCUGCGCCGCACUUCGAAGAAAUGGCAGCGAAGCAAUUCGCUCCGGUCCACCCCUCCCCCAAAUUUACAUAUUCCUUAGCGAAAUCUUCUUUAGAAAGGCUUACCUCCGAUCCACACCCAAAUUUACAUAUUCUUUAGCAAGGCUUGGGAUACAUACUCCUAAGCACGGAAGCAAAAGAAAGCCCAAGCAGCUGAAUCUACCUUUCCUUUACUUCGCCAGCUAGAUCACUCCCAUCAGUCGUCAUCAUCUUUGCUUUGGUUGCUUGCUUCCUCCAUAAAACAAAAAAACCAACGCAAAACUACCGGCCAGCGAUCACAGUUUUCGUCCGAACUCAUUCCAAGUUCAGGGCUCCAAAGCUCGCGUCCUGCUAUCUCCAUUUUUUUCUCGAUCGGACUUGGAGCCCGUAUUGCAUUAAUUAAGAGGAGUCCUGCUAUCUCCAUCGACUGUCCCAUGGGCCUCUGCUCGUCCAUGUUGCGAUGGAAGGCCAACCGGCGGCGGCAGCAGCAGCAGCCUGAGCCAAGGCGCGGCACGCCGAAGGCGCUUUUCGUCGUCAGGAACGACGACGGCCGGCCGUCCAAGCCAGAGGCGGUCGUGUUCCACCCACCACCACAGAGCUCUGGCCGUUCGGGGUUACAGUUACAGUCACAGAAGGCCGGCAAGGCGGGCAGCAGGAAGCCCGAGAAGCGCGGGUACGAGUACUACGACUGCAUGGACGUGCUGGGCAGGAGGCUCCGCGCGCCGCCGCCGCCCAGGCUCCCGUGCGGGAGCACCAGAAGCGUCGCGGUGGAGCCGGUGGUAACGGCCGGGAUGAGGUCGACGUCGACGGUGUCCAGGGGCGCCACGGCGGACGGGAAGAAGGCAGUGGCAGCGGCAGCGGAGGGGUGCAGGACGCCGAUGACGCCGAGGAGGACGCCGGUGUGGCAGCGGAGGAUUCUGAUGGGGACGCGGUGCGAGCUUCCGCGUUUCAGCGGGGUCAUACUGUACGACGAGCACGGCCGGCCCCUGCAGAGCAGCUCCCAGAACCUGCUGAGCAGAGGCAAAAAGAAGACUGCCAGGACAACUACAACUCUCAGGGACCUCAUGUAGUCAGUUACCUCACAUGAUGUUGCGUCUAAGCUGCACCUUUGCAAGUGCUUCCAGUAAAUUAGAGCACUAGUAUUUCUCAUGUAAAGAGUUAACCAUCGAAGACACGGAGAUUCACGUACUGACGCAGCAAUAUUUAUCAAUACCAUGGUCAGUUGGUCA